AUGGUUACCUGUGGGACGGAGACGGAGCUGGUGGCUGCAACGGCGUUCCAUUGGGAGGAAGCUGGCGACGAAGUAGGGGCUUGCAAAUAUCGAUUGAUGGUCGUUGUUUUCUUUACUGCUGUAUUCAAAAAGCUUUCAGAGGCUAAUUCUCUUCCACAUCUCUGCAUCUACAUGGUUGUUGCUGCUGCUGAUUUAACUUUCAUACCUGAUCUUGAUGUCUUGAAGGACAGCUUCACUAUGAAGCUUCGUGUUAUCAGAUUAUGGACACUGGAAUGUUACUAUAACAAAGACGAAAUUUUCUCCAUUCAAGUUAUUUUAAUGGACGAACAGGGUAACAAGAUCGAAGGUUAUGUCCCCAAUGCUUAUGUUUACAAGUUUAGAAAAGUUCUAAAAGAAGGGGAAGCUUUUUUCAUCAAAAAUCUAAAUUUAGCAAAGAUUGAUGAAGAUGUUAUCGGUUUGGUGCUUGCAAUUGGUGAAAUUGAUGCUCGAAAUGAAGAUAGAAAGAGGCAUAAGAUGAGACUACAAAUCCAUGAUGUCGAUGGUUCUCAAUUGGAUGUUAACCUAUGGGGAGAUUAUUGUUACAAAUUCUCGGAUUACAUCCAAAACAAUGUAAACAUUCUCCGCAUCGUCAUAAUCCUUCAAUUUGCAAAGAUUAAUGUCUGGCAAGAUCGUCGAUAUGUUAAUACAUACUAUGAUGUAUCGAAGUUCAUCAUCAAUAGUGACAUUGAUGAGAUAAAAGUUUUCAAAAAAAGGUUCAUGAUUUCAGUAAGAGUUCAAGAUCAUACCGGAAGUAUCACUUUAACAAUGUUUGAACAAGAUGCGAAGAAGCUUCUAAAAAUUUCUGCAAAAGAUUUAGUUGCAAAAACAGCUAAGCUUGGAUUUUGUACUAACGUAUACCCGUCCGAUAUUAAAGCAUUGAAAGAUAUGAAAUUGGCUUUCAUAGUUUCUGUUUCAAAAUACAAUGUGCAAAGGAACAACAAUCAAUAUACUAUUUCCAAGAUUAGUGAUGAUGAGACUUUGAUUGAGGAGUUGGAUAAAAAGUUUGUCGUUGCAGAGGGAAGUAAUUCACAAUCGUUUGAACAUGCCACAAGCCCAAAAAAGAAUUUGGAUGCAACGAAAGGUUUGAAGCGAGCUCUUGAGGAUGAUUUUGUUUUGGAUGUCAACGACAACAUGUCAUCAUCAAAGGCCACAAAAGUUGUAGGAGGGGAACAACAUAAACUUGUCAUAGUUAAGUUGGAGAAGUGA